CGGAUCGGUAAAUACCAACCCAAAAUAGUAAAUACCAUUUUCAUUUGGUUAUCCGCUUGAAUUUGAUUUUAGUCAUUCAUGUAGUAUGCAGUUCUUGUUUAUGUUUUGUGCUGUGCGUUAGUUACUGUUUUUUGUGAUUUAAAAUAUGAGAUAAUGAGAUCUCGAUAUGGCAAUACAUAUUUGGCAUUACAACAAUCAACCAAAGUGGUUCAUAUUGAUGCCGAAGGCGCACAACGUAUUCAUCGCCGUAAAAAUCAAAAUCCGAACCUUUAUGAGGAUCAGCACUCUCCAACAAGCGUAGCAGAAUUUGAAGGAGACAGUUCAGAUGAGUAUAAUCCUUGUGACGAAGAGGACGAUGAGGAAAACCAUGCACUUACUACCACUAAACAAAAAGCCAGAUGGCGGACACGAUACCCUGAUCAGUGGGAAAGGGCCAUAAAUAAAAAGAGAAGGUCUUUGAGUGAAUCUUAUCAAAUCUACAAAAAAAGGUAG